AUGGAGUUGAUGCUUGAUGGGACGCCACCAUCGAUUCAUAUACUAGAACGGCGACGUAUUCAGCAGUCACUCCACAUCCCAUUUUUCCCGUUCAACCCUUUCGCCAAUCCAAGUCUUGGCUACCUAAUGCAGAAGGAUAUGGAGGUGAUCAAGCUUUUGUGGCCGACUAGGAUCAAGAACAAAACACCUGCUUCCAUCCAAAUCAACACUGAACAUAUCUUCAAGGAGGCUUGGGAGCACUAAGAAGUCGACAUCCAACCACCAAAGCAGAAAAUCACUGAUGCCAUUGAGUUCACAGAUUAUCGCCUCCGGAAGUGCAAAGAGUUUGAGGACCUUAUACGUCGGGUCCGAUGGAACAACAGCAUAGACCAAGAUGUGCAGUGGGAGACGUCUCAGAAGGACUUGAAUCGCGCACGCUCCGUGUGGGAACGAGCUCUCGAGGUGGAUUAUCGGAACCAUACGCUUUGGCUUAAAUAUGCAGAGGUGGAGAUCGUGAAGAAUAAGUUCAUCAACCACGCCCGCAACAUUUGGAACCUGGCGGUGGCACUGUUGUCGAGGGUAGAUCUAGACCGGCUGUGUUACAAGAACAUUCACAUGAAGGAGAUGUUCAGCAAUGUCGCCAGUGUGAGCUGAGUCUUUGAUAGCGAGAGGUGGAUGAAUUGGAUUCCAGACCAGCGGGCUAUAUGGCUCUCGUACAUCAAGUUCAAACUAAGCUACAACAAGGUCGAGCGUGCUAGGUAGAUUUUCGAACGGUUUGUUCUAUGUCACCCUAAGGUCAGCAUGAAAUUUGGAAGAGAGUGUACGUGGGAAAUAAGGAAAGGAUUUAGGGAGGUUUAUGAAAGGGCCAUUGCAAACUUGAGAAGCGUUACCGGCAACGGUACAUUUAUUUGUAGUAAGUUCUUUUUCAUGGUUGAGAAUUUGAUUUUUGAAAUUUAG